AUGGAUAUUGAAUCUCCGUGGCCUGAGGUUAACUUUGGUCGUACACCAAGGCAAGGAAUAAGGAAUACGUUUGGGCCUUUUCAUGAGCCCAAAGCAAGCCUUUCAUAUAAAUAUUCUAUCCGCCUUGGCGGUAAUCCUCGACACUAUUUUCCCUCUUUUCUCUCAGUAGCAAUCAUGAGUCGGAGCGGCGAGGACCGGUUCGAGAUCGCCUUCUUCGACGUGGAGACGACGGUGCCGACCCGACCCGGUCAGGGCUUCGCCUUAUUGGAAUUCGGAUCCAUCCUUGUUUGCCCCAGGAAGCUGAUUGAGCUCGAGAGCUACUCCACUCUAAUCCGACCCGCCGACCUCAAUUCCAUCAACUCCUUGUCCGUCCGCUGUAACGGCAUUACCCGAGACGCCGUCAUCGCCGCCCCGGGCUUCGAUAAGAUCGCCGAUAGAGUUUUCGACAUUCUCCAUGGACGUAUAUGGGCCGGUCAUAAUAUAUUGAGGUUUGAUUGCCCCCGGAUUCGGGAGGCUUUUGCAAAUAUUGGUCGACCUGCACCAGAACCCAAAGGUACAAUUGAUUCUUUGGCUUUGUUGACUCAGCGAUUUGGAAGGAGAGCUGGUAACAUGAAGAUGGCCACUCUUGCAACUUAUUUUGGUCUUGGACAACAGACACACAGGAGUUUGGAUGAUGUUCGAAUGAAUCUUGAAGUACUCAAAUAUUGUGCUACAGUUUUAUUCUUGGAGUCAAGCCUCCCGGACAUAUUAACAGAGAACAGCUGGGUUUCUCCAAAUGCUACAACAAGAAGUCGAAGUGGUGGAAAGUUAUCUCCUGAGGGGUCAAGCAUGAACAUAAAUAUUUCAAAUCAAACAGGGGACAAUCAUCCAAUAACAUCUCUUAGGACUGAGACCACACAAGAAGUCUCUAAUUUGCUUGAGACUGUCGAGGCCAGCACAAAUCGACCAGAUCCUUUUGACAUGGGCCCACUUAUCAAUGAAGUGAAGAAUGAGUUAGAUCAGCAAGACAUCAACAUGGUGGAAACACCUGCACAAGAGUCUCCCAACAGUUCUCUCAAUGCUUCUGUGACCAACAACUGUAAUGCCACCAUGGAUUUUUUACAGCUCGAUCAAGUUCUCAUUCCUUAUAUUAGUGCUUCGCUUGUUCCAUUGUAUCGUGGGAGUCAAAGGAUAAAGUUAUUACACAAAGAUGUCACUUUGCAGCUUUGCUGCAGUCAUAUGAAAUUGCGGUUUGGAAUCAAUACGAAGUUUUUUGAUCAUGCUGGCCGACCACGACUGAAUAUUGUCUUUGAUGCACCACCAAAAUUAUGUGAAGUUCUUGAUGCAUGCGAUGGCCUUGCAAAGAAGUUGUCUUUGGACUCUGGAAGUAGCUCUGAAUGGAGGCCUGUUGUGAUCCGCAAACAGGGCUUCUACAACUACCCUACUGUGAGAUUGCACAUACAAACUGCAGUAUGCGGGGACAUUGCAAUCUACGCCACAGAGAUAUAUCAAAGAGACCCCUCUGGCACCGAGCAAAGGCUAGUCUUCUCUAAAUUUGAUGCUUCAGAACUUGGUGCCUUGUUCACCCGAGGGAUGUUUAUGGAUGUGUUCUUCUCUUUGGAUCCAUAUGACUAUCAGCAGAGUGCAGGCAUUAGGUUGGUGGCAAAGAAACUGAUUAUUCAUUCCAAUUGAUUGAUGAAAUAUGUAUGUCUAAUUUAUUUAGGGAGCCAAUUGCUAUGUAAAGUUCAACCAGAUAGAUUGACUUGCAGGAUAGCUUUCAAAAUUUGGAAUCAGGGGAUACUGAUGUUGUGAUUUGUAACUGCAAAAGAUGUUCAAUGCUAGAUCUUUAUUUUUAUCAGAA